AUGGAGCACGAGAAGAAGUGGGAGAAGAUGGCUUCCAAUUUAAAUGCCAUUGGAGGCACUCAAAAGUCCACCGAACAGUGGCGUACAGAGCCCCAAUUGGCCAUGGAAGACGCCGUUCAACCGCGUCCGCCACCAUGCCUGGACGCACACGGUAAAGCUUCUGGAACUCUGAAGAUGGGAGAUCUAGGGGAUUAUCAAUAUACCGCAGAAAACGCCGAUCCACCGUUGAGAAAUUUGUCACUGGCUCGUUUUGAGGCUCAUAGUACAACGACAAAGCUACGGGUAGUGUUUGAUGGUUCUGCAUCAACGACGAGUGGUUAUUCGCUCAACGACCUACUAAUGGCAGGCCCUACUAUACAGCGUACACUUAUUGACACUCUUUUGCAAUUUCGUUCAUUUAAAUUUGAUAUUACUAGCGACAUAUUCAAAAUGUACCGCUGUGUUAGGAUGGCAUAUGAAGACAGCUUUCUCCAGUGUAUAUUGUGGCGGGAUAAUCCAAGUGAAGACAUCAGGGUUUACAAGCUAGAUACCAUCACUUAUGGUACGAAGCCUGCAUCGUUUCUCGCCAUCCGUGCAAUGAGGCAGUUGGCCGUUGAUGAAGGGCAUGCGUAUCCAAUCGGUGCUAAGGUCAUCUGCCGAGAUUUUUAUGUGGAUGACAUGAUUUCUGGCGCCAAUUCAAUAGGCGAGGCUCGUGAAAUUCUCCACCAAACAAGGGAGUUACUAGCCAAGGGGAAUUUUAAAUUGCGAAAGUGGUGUUCGAGCGAACGUCGUGUGCUUGCUGACGUUGCAGCCGAGGACAGGGAGAAUCUAUUACAGUUUCAUGAUGGUACUAACGUCACAAAAACCCUUGGUCUAGUCUGGGAGCCCGACUCCGACAUCUUCAUAUUUUCCUUUUCGCCACUCGUGCCACAAUCGAAAUUGACCAAGCGCGCAAUUUUAGCCACCAUUGCCCGACUAUAUGAUCCCCUCGGUUUAAUCGGGCCCAUCAUAACGAAGGCCAAAAUCUUCAUGCAACAGCUUUGGAAGGAAAAAUUACAUUGGGACGAAGGCCUUCCACAAUCAUUACAUUAUACUUGGAAGGAAAUAUGUGAAGAGUACACCCUGGUUGAUCGUUUCAGUUUUGAUAUAUAUGUUUUGAUCCCUGGCUCUAGCUUAGAAGUGCAUGCAUUCUGCGAUGCAA